AUGACAAGGAGAUUUCCUAGGGUGAAUAAAACAAUGCCAAGAAGAACUCAUUGUAUCAGAAACAUUCCUCUGAAAAAAUACGGCUACACGCACCUCUCUGCUGGGGACCUCCUUCGAGACGAGCGAAAAAGGCCAGGCUCACAGUAUGGAGAGCUCAUUGAGAACUACAUUAAGGAGGGGGAAAUUGUACCAGUUGAAAUAACAAUCAGCUUGCUGAAGAGGGCUAUGGAUCAAACAAUGGCUGCCAAUUCUCAGAAGAACAAGUUCUUGAUUGAUGGAUUUCCCAGGAAUGAAGAUAAUCUUCAAGGCUGGAAUAAGACAAUGGAUGGAAAGGCAGAUGUUUCUUUUGUCCUCUUUUUUGAUUGUGACAAUGAGAUAUGUAUCAACCGCUGUCUGGAGAGAGGCAAGAGCAGUGGUAGGAGUGAUGAUAAUCGGGAGAGUCUGGAGAAGAGAAUUCAUACGUAUCUGCAGUCUACUAGGCCUAUAAUAGAUUUGUAUGAGAGAAUGGGGAAAGUCAGAAAAGUGGAUGCCUCUAAAUCUGUUGAUGAAGUUUUUGAAAAGGUUGUACAAAUUUUCGACAAAGAAGGCUAAUUCCCAGCUUGAAUAUUCAAUUAAACUUGUGCUUGAAUCCUGCUUGAAUAGCUGCUACUGCAGUCCACUCUUUGUAAUUGUUUUAAAGGAUUUUUAAAUUGUUUUUCACGUAUCUAAUGAUGAUUCAAAAAGCAGUUGAUUGCAAAUGGAUCUGUUUUUUUUUAAUAGGAAAUAAUUUCUUGUGGCUAUAAUAUACAAAUUUCAGGUUUCUUCAUUAGUACAAGCUCAAUUACUCACAUGGCAAAACCACGGUUAAAACAUCUCUCUGAAGAGACUAUUUAUUCUGUCACAGUUCUGUGCCUAUCAUGGGCAGCCCUUAUUCCUUACUGCCAUACACCUUUUAUUUUUCUUUUGCUUUAAGGAUCAACUAAAUAGCAGCAUUAAGCAAUGAGGGACUUGUGUGCCCUUGUUUGUUUUUUUGGAUGCUUGGACCAAAUUUAGCAGGUUUUUUUUUCAGCGUAUAAUUUU